UACCAGAAUUCGUAUCUGUUAUCUUGUUGGUAAACGAUGAAUUACCUAUCAAAUAUAGUUCUGACAAAGAACUAAUCUUAAAAAUUAACAACUUGAUAAAUCGAGAGCAAGGACGUCAUUUCAUUGAUCCGAAUGAAUUUUUCGAGUCUUUAGAAUUAAAUUCUAAUAUGUCACUAGAUGAUAUGGUGACCAGCACUGUAAACAAUGUUGACAAGUUCAUGACUAAAAAGAUGACCAACCACAAUAUCCCAAUUGAGAUACAACGGGCUAAGGAUGAAAAAGAGUUUUAUGAGUUUAUUGCAAGGCUAUGGGCAGAAAAGAAACCAGAUAUAUCAACAGGUCAUAAUAUUUGUGGGUACGAUUACAAGUUUAUCAUAAAACGUCUAGAGCAUCUUAACAUGAUUGAAAGAUUCUACCAGAUUGCCAGUGGUGGUAAAUGGCUAUCUUUGACGGAAUUACUAAGUUAUAAAAAGAUUGUAGCAACAGAGGUUAAGAUAUCACAAUCUGAGCGUGUGAAAGUUCAAUAUAUUGCUAUAGAUGGAACCAUGGUUAUGGAUAACAUGUUAAUGUUUAAACAACAAUUUCCUGGUGAUACUCGGUUCGCAAGUUUGAAUAGUUGUUUAAAUACUUUAGAACUUCCGUCAAAAGAUAAUAUUACUGUUGAUGAUAUGAAUUUAGCAUUGCAUAAUGCUAUUCAUAAUCUGGAUAACCCAGAUAUAGAAAUAAAUGAUAAGAUUUUAUUAUACUGUUUCAACGACUGUGCCAGGGUCGUUGAAUUACUUGUAAAGGUUCACAAGUGGUUAUGGUACAAUACGUUAAGUAAUUUGGCAAAUUGUGAAUUUGCUCAACCACAUAGAGGUUCAAGUGAGAUGUUAUUUCAAUGCUCGUUUAAUGGACACAUAAACAAGUAUUACCCCGACACGAUUUCUAUUGCAUAUCCACCUAGAGUUUGGGAUAAUGAUAAUGAGGACAGAGGAGGAAAGAAAAAGAAAAAGAAAGGAUACCAGGGUGGUUCUGUAUUUGACCCUAACAAGGGAUUCUAUCUUCUACCUGUAGCAACUUUGGAUUUUUCAUCUUUGUAUCCCAGUAUAAUGAUGCAGUAUAAUAUGUCGCCUGAUACCAAGGUAUAUGAAUAUGAUAUAUCAUCGGGUAAAAAAAGAUAUCUUGAUGGAUCUAUAAAAACUCGCAUGAUUAAUAUCACUAAUGAUAAGGGUGAUAUCUUGGAUAAAAUCACCUUUUUAGACAGGAGUGAACACAUUGGGUCAUUGACAAGUUUACUAGAAAUCCUUAUCAAAAAAAGAAAUGAGGCCAAGAAAAUGAAAAAGCAAUAUGAAGAAGGAUCAUUUUACCACAGUCUUUAUGACCAACAGCAACUAGCGUUCAAGGUAUUAGCGAAUUCUAUCUAUGGGUUGACAGGGUUAACAUCAUCGAUUAUCGGUGAUGUAAAGAUAUCAGCGGGUGUUACAUCUACUGGUAGAGAACAGGUUCAUAAAUUAGCCAAUUUUAUUAAAGGUCAAGGAUGUCGUGUUGUAUAUGGUGAUACCGACUCUACUUUAUUGAUGAUGCAACAAGCUAGACUUGAGGAAAUUAUUAAUGAAUAUGUGGACUUAUUCAGAAAUGCAAGCACUAUCACGGAAUACACCAAGUACCUUUAUGAUUUCUAUAAUGAUGUGACCAAAGAAACUCAUCUGGUAGCAAGCAAGAUCGCUAAAGAGUUUAAUGAACUGAAUGCUCGUGAUGGAUGUGAAAUGAUCAAGGUUGUAUUAGAAAAGGUUUUGGUGUUUAUGACAUCGUUUGGUAAGAAAAGAUACGCUGGACUCUCAAUGGAAAAUCCAAGAUUCGAAUGGGAUAAUUCAUGGUGUAAAACCAAAAGGUUUUUAUCACAGCAUUUUGAAAUCUAUAAUCCAGAUUUAGUACCAGAUCUAUUAGUUGAAAAGUACCUAGAAGAAACUGAUGAGAUGGUUUGUUUGUUCAACAUGAAUCGUUAUUCCAACAAUUUAGUUAGGGGUCUAAAUAUCGUACGACGUGAAGCUAGUCAAUUUCAAAAGAUGUUUGAACGUAAAGUACUCUAUAAUGUUUACGAUUAUAAAAAAAUGGCUGA